GCCAGCCUGCCCUCAUCACUCGGGACAUACCUUGUCAACCCUACGGUCACAUACCGCCCAUUGGUCGGUAGGGUACAAAGCAGGUGCAGUACUUAACUGCUCAGCUUUCGACUUCCAUCUGUUGUCCAGCCAUUCAUGAUUCCAUCAGACAGGUCAACUUGACAUAGACCCGGUUCCCUCUCAGCCCUGUCAUCAGACCCGCUCGCUCCUCUAGUUGUGCUACCCUCUGCACUUUCCGGGUUACUUCUUAUAAGUCGCAAUCAAGGCCUUGUUUUAGUUGCGAGGCUCCUUUCUUGUUCUGCUCUAUCCUGUCUUGUCCUGUCUGUCCGUGUUCCCUCUCAAGGUCGAACUAUUUGUAUUCGUUGUCUGACCACUCAGCAGCAGAUAGUCAAACACCACACCUCUUCACGGUCUCUCGUCUUCAAAGGAACAACACUUCCUGACGGGUCAUCCUGCCCUGCUACAUACAAGAGAACGUACAGUUCGACUUGCCAUUCAUGCCUGCCUCUCAUACCUACGGAUCUCCAAACCAGGACAGUUAUCCGUCUGACAGAGCAAUGGAAGGUCAUCAUGGGCCCGGGGGACCCAAUCUAGUCCCUGGGUAUAUGGAAAAUGGACGAUUCUAUGGGGAUUAUAAGAAAGGGCAAUACAUGCUCCCUAUCGAUGAGCUGGAGAAAGACAGACUCGACAUGUUUCAUCAUUUCUUUUUGCUCGCUCGCAACCAGCAACUCUUCUCAGCACCGUUCCCAAAUCAGGAAAGUCCGCGGAUCCUCGACCUGGGAUGUGGAACCGGAAUAUGGGCAAUUGAUAUGCAAGACAAAUAUCCAGAGCUUGGUCAAGUCACUGGUGCGGAUCUUGCUCUUAUCCAGCCAGAAUUUAUCCCGCGCAAUCUCGUAUUCAAACCUAUGGAUAUUGAAGAGCCGUGGCUGGAACUGAGCGGAUGUGCUUAUGACCUUAUUCACCUACGUACAUUGAAUGGUAGCAUCUCCGACUGGCCUUUUGUGUAUGACCAGAUAUACAAACACCUGAAGCCCCAUUACGGAUUUGUUGAGCAGGUGGAAAUCGAUUGGGUCCCGCGCAGCGACGAUAGGAGUCUGCCACCGGAUUCUUAUUUCUCACGAUGGGCCGAAGCGCUGAUGGAGGCAAUGGAUAGAGCUGGGCGUCCAAUGAGACUGGACAGCCAUCGCAUCCAGCAGCAAAUGACACAGGCUGGCCUGGUGGAUCCUCACGAGCAGAUUAUCAAGGUUCCUAUCAAUGGAUGGCCAGAGGAUGCUCAUGACCGCGAGAUUGGGCGAUGGUUCAACCUUGGUCUCACCCAAGGACUAGAAGCUCUUACCUUGGCCCCCUUCACCCGGAUUCUCGGUUAUACCCCAGACGAGGCGAGGGAUCUCAUCAGCCGCGUGAAGGAGGAGAUUCGGUCGCGGAAAAUACGCGCGUAUUGCACACUGUGAGUACCGACGAGCCUGCAAGCUGCCGUUAGUAAAAGGCACAAUUCCGUUACUCAAAUUGGCUAACUCUGAUAGGCACAUUUUCACGGCGAGGAGAC